UAAUAGACAGAGGAAGGAGCCUGGUCGGGUUGUGUAGCAACAGUGUUCAGUAUUAAAGAGCCACAUUUGGAAAUAAGACUGAUUAUUAGACGUGGAGAUGAACGUUGGAGUGGCCCACAGCGAGGGGAACCCCAACACCCGGGUGAUGAACAGUCGGGGGAUCUGGCUGACGUACGCUCUCGGCGUGGGGAUGCUCCACGUCGUGCUUCUCAGCAUUCCUUUCUUCAGUGUUCCUGUGGUGUGGACCCUCACCAACGUCAUCCACAAUCUGGGCAUGUACGUGUUCAUGCACGCGGUGAAGGGUACGCCGUUCGAGACGCCGGACCAGGGCAAAGCCAGACUCCUCACGCACUGGGAGCAGCUGGACUACGGGGUUCAGUUCACCUCGUCCAGAAAGUUCUUCACCAUCUCGCCCAUCAUCCUAUAUUUCCUGGCGAGCUUCUACACCAAAUACGACACGGCUCACUUCGUGAUCAACACCGCCUCGCUGCUGAGCGUGCUCAUCCCCAAAAUGCCACAGCUGCACGGCGUGCGACUCUUCGGGAUCAACAAGUAUUAAACCCGCCGCGCGGCUGAACUCGAUCCGGAGAGGGGACCGUCGGGCCGGGCGGCUCCGGGCUCCCGGCGGAGGGCGACGGGCGGGGCCGUCCGCGUAUACCUGCAGUUUUGUACAGCGCGUAUAAAUAAUUUAGUCUUCGUCUUCGUCCAGAUGCACCCGAGCGUUGUUCCGGACGUACGUGAUGAUGCCGCGUGCGUUAACUUUAUUAAGUACAUAUUUAAUUCUUCAUCCUGUUUGUGUUUGUUGUUUUCUUGCUCCUCGCAGAUCCGGGCUGGCCCGGGAUUCAGAGUCGAGGCGUUUAUUAUUAUUAUUAUUAUUAUUAUUAUUAUUAUUUUCUCCUUUUGUUAAUUGCUUUGGUUUUGUUUUGUAUGAAAUUCCUAAACACAGAAAAACGAACGACGUGUUAAAAGUUCUUUUUAGUGUUUGUGAAGAACUGAACCCCGUCUGUGUCUCUAAGCUUUGAUUUCUGUAUCGGCGCUUUACAGAACAAUAAAGAUUUGCAUGUUUUUGUUUUCCUCCUCCGAACUGUUUGCUAGAUAAAGUAUUUUGUUAGUAUAAAGACUCCAGUGUUGGGUUUACCAUGAAUCGAUUCUUAACAAGGUUUUAGUGUUUACUCGGCCAGCGUCCGUGUUUAUGUACUAACUGGAGUGUGCUUGUUUAGGACAUGACUGUGAAUCUCUGGAGUACCGGGGCGGAUCUUGCGCCCCUUUAUCCGUGGUAUUGCUGGAGCUCGGACGUACCCCUGUAUGUAAUAAAGACCCGUUACAGCG